AAAAAAACUAAAAAAAAACUGCAAGGAGUAGCUGAGGAAUAUUUCACUGGGUUCUUGCCAUUGUUUUGAUUUCAUGAUUUGAACACCGAUUCGUCUCUGCCGAAAAGGUGCAGGCUUGAUACGUGUUGAACUUCCACAACUUGUCUUCAAGCACGAAGGUCCAAAACACCAGGCUCACUACCUCGUAAAUGUCCUAUUGUGGGCUCUCUUACGACGCAAACAUCCAGGUGAUCCAUCUCCGUCCAUGGCCAGUUGUGAUGGUAUUUGCUGAUGUAUGCGUGAGGAGAAAGACCUAGUGGUUCCCUUGCUGUGCCACACACUGCACACAUGGAUUCCGGUAACGAGGAUGCGUUGGACAUCAUCAUUACGAAUGUGGUGGCAACCUUUAGGACAAGAUGCCACCUCAACCUCCGCCUCAUCGCCCUUGAAGGGGUCAAUGUCAUCUACAAGCCGGAAGUAGGGAAAGUCUUGAUGAAACUUCGCAAGCCCAAGAUCACAGCUUCGAUCUGGUCCUCAGGAAAAAUAAUUUGCACUGGAGCCACCAGCGAGGAUGAGUCCAAAGUGGGUGCCCGCCGGCUAGCGCGCACUUUGCAGAAGCUGGGCUUUAGGGUGCGGUUUUCUGACUACAAGGUGGUCAAUGUGUUGGCAGUGUGCUCCAUGCCCUUCUCAAUCCGCUUGAUCGACUUCACUAAGAAAAACCGCCCCAUAGCAAGUUAUGAGCCUGAGCUGCACCCUGCUGCCACAUACAGGAUCAAACAGAUCAAGGCUACUGUCCAGGUGUUUUCCACUGGGAGCAUCACAGUCACAGGACCAAACGUACAGACUGUGGCCACAGCUGUGGAGCAGAUAUACCCACUACUGUUUGAGUGUCAGAAACCCCUCCGCAAAUAGUGGAAGAGAAACAAAACAAACAAAAUGGAGACCCGGUCAGCCGGUGAGGGGGUGGGUCGGCGGCCGAAGGGAAAAGGACGACCGCCUCCAUCCGGAGGUAUUUUUCUUUGGACCGGAGUGGAGGCACCUUAUGCUUGGGAUGAGAUCGUACGUUAUUCUCAUCUCCGCGAAAGCUGUAUCGACGGACUGGCCAGUGUGCACGGAGCGCUUGUUUCUUCUACUGAAAACAAAAACAACUUAAAAAACACAUGAGCCGCUCGCCAGGGACUCAAAGAGAUUCCGUCGUACUGAUUCUAAGAUGUUCCCUUGUUGAUGGUGUUACUAACUACUUUGAUGUUUGGGACUUUAGGUCAGCUGAUCUAGCCCUGCUUUCUCCUUUUUUAAAUGCACUGUAACAAUCCUUUUCCUGUCCUGUCGGUGAGAAACUGGUCUUCAACCAGAGUAACAAAACACCGACCAACGCAAAUCCAGUUCCUCCGAGCCACGUAACUAUUUUAGAUGCCAAGAUGGCGUUAGACUGUCCAGAGUGUUCUGUAUUUUAACAAUGGAAACCAACGGCUCGUUUUAAACAUGACCUCUAGAGUCACUCCGUCCACUGCUCUUUUAAUUUUACAUAUAUAUAUAUAUAUAUACACACAUAUAUAUAUGUAUAUAUAAUGAAAAUGUUUCCUCAUUAUAUGCAAAUGCUAGGCUGCUUCACGUUGCAGGCAUAGUUAGCCCAGAGUUCAGUUUCACCAAUCCACCUAACCCUAACUGUAACCAACUCAGCUGUAGUUGCAGUUGUGGGAAAAAAAGUUAUUUGUGGAUGUUUUUAACUAAGCUUUUUACACAGCAUUAAUCAAUAAGUCUGCUCAG